AUAAAUUGCUGUUGAAAAAACUAUUCCUUAGUCAGUUUACUUUCCUCCAAUUCUGCAACUCCUGAUUGUGAACACUUGAAUGAACCCUUCCAAAAGGCAAAAAAUGGAUCAAGCAAGUGCAUGCAUCAAACAAGAAGUGGAACGGAUGAAGUCCGAGAUUGAGACUGUUCGGGUCGAAAAGCGAGAGAGACUUCGAACAAUGGACUUCUUCUGUUUGGACAACUCACUCCGUGAAAGCACAGUUGGUCAACUGCGUAGCCAUACCCUCGAAAACAAAAAGGCCAUAUUCAAAGAGAUCAAGAAAGCCGGAAUGACCGAUGUGAUUGUUGCCUCUUUCUCUCAGACUGCUCGCAUCGAUGAUGAUUUCUGCCAAUGGCUUGUAGACGAAAAAGAAGACAUGGGAGGGUUUUUUUCUUUUUCUGAAAUCUACGACGUGGUCGAAGAUGGAGCUUAUGAUACUGAUGACGUUCCUGUCUCCCUUGAAAAGAACUUGAAGUACGGUAUUGCAAACACCUUUUUCGAAGCCGAUUUCGCAGGGACUGACGUUGAAUGGGGAGUGAAGGUCUUUACUAAAGACAUUUGCGAACUCAUCUUUAAAUGGAUCAAGUGGGUGCAUGAUAACCACCCCGCUGAUGCCAAUCCUCGCAUUCUUCUGAACAUGCGUGAUCUCCCUUAUGCAAUGACGAAAGUCCCCGAAAGAGUGCUCGAAAUCGUGACAUUCCUUGCGAGAAUGCCCCAGCCCUACCGGAUGUUUGCUCUUGCUUUUGAAGAUCCGUUUGGUGAAUUCCUCCCAGAAGAGCUUGAAGCUUGGACUGGAGCUAUACGAAGGACAAUGGAUUCAAACGGUUGGAGUGACGGCAAGCUGCUUGUGCACAUCCAUCAGAAAUGGGACCUCCAGACAGCCUCCCAGCUCGACUGCUUGAGUGCAGGUGCCGAUGGAGUAUGGGCCAGCCUGUGUGACGAGGGAGCUGCUCUCGGUCACGCUAGUUCUACUGUGACAAUGAUGAACCUGAUUCGAAUGGGAAACGAGAAGAUCUUGAGCAAGUACAACUGCAAGUAUUUUCGACAGGCCGCAUACAACGUCACCAAAAUCACCACAGGUGUAGCACCACAUCCUAAGCAGCCCAUCUAUGGAGAUCGAGCUGCAGAUCUUGUGUUUGGAUUCCUCGGAAUUGGAGAUUUCGAUGUUGCCGAGUUUUUCGGUGUGGAGGCUCCAGUGCGUAUCACAACUCUGGCUACUCCCGAAAUGUUGGUAGACAGGCUCCAAGAUCUGUUUCCGGAAAAUGAUCAGUUCACUUUGGAAAUUGGAAGCGCAAUGAAGGCAAAGAUCAUGGAAGACUUGAAGGACAAUCGAAAAGAAGAGUACAUGAGCAAAGCAGGAAUUGCCAUUCUGUUUGAUCGAGCUGGUGGUAAGCUAACCGCUGAGAUGGGCGAAAUAGUUGCCAACGAUAAAGUGGCAUUAAAGUACCACCAAGAGCUCAUUGACGACAUUAAGCAGAUUUGGGACAAGUGGGACGAUAAAGAGGGAAAGAGACGUCCCCGCAGAAGGGGUGGUCGACGUCCAGGCAGGAAGGGAGACGGGGUUUUAAGUUUCGAUUCCUUCUACGCCGCCUUCAUGGCUCCUUACUUUGGCUGCUACCGAUGCGAUGACACCAAGAAAGCAUUCAUAUCAAUCGAUAUGGAUUCUGAUGGAUCUGUGGACUGGAACGAAUUUUUGGCGUAUCUCAAAUGGGCCCUUCGUCAAUACCCUGACAUAAAAACAGCGGAUGAUCUUGUCCAAAUAGCAUUUCAAAAGGGCAUCAUCCCAGCCAUGCGUGAUAUCAAGCUCAAAAAUAGAGAUAUGAUUUCGAUGAUUCGAUGAUUCGAUGAUUCGGGUCGUUUCAACUGCUGACAAACUUGAACAGUUUCUGAAUUUGAGUAGCUAGCUAGUUGUAGGUCCAUUAUGUGUUUCAUAUGUUACAUCAUGAGUUUACUUACAGUACAA